AUCUUCGUUCCACGCGACACAUGUUUCUGCCGUCGCCCUCGUUUUCUCUGUCCCCCUCUCUCUCUCUGGAAAAUCUCAAACCCUCUCUAACAUUAUUCGAUUUUUGAAUUUCUCUUACCCGAUUCACUCGCUGCUACAACAACACCAUCAACAAGAAGAAGAAAAAAAAGUAACAGCAGAAUCAACAACACACCUUGAUCUAUUGAUCUCAUUCAUUUCAGAAUUUUUUAUUUGAAGAAAAAAGUGAUUGUCUCGAUUUUCGAGAUUUUGAUCAUUCGGGAUCUAGAUAGAUGAUGUCUUCUGGGACAUCUUCAUAUUGGUGCUACAGGUGCAGUCGCUUUGUGAGGGUGUUUAGACAGGACACGGUGGCAUGCCCUGAUUGCGAGAGUGGAUUUAUUGAAGAGGUUGACCAUCCAGCGGCGCGUUCUGUCCACGCGGAUUCCCGCCGCCGGAGGUUUCCUGCUGCGGCGAUGUACAUGAUCGGCCAACGUCCCGGUUCUGAUCAGACUUCGCGUCCCUCUGGUUUGCGCCGAACGCGCCGUAACGGUGGUGAACGGUCGCCGUUUAAUCCGGUGAUUGUCCUCCGCGGCGCCGCCGCCGCCGCGGAGGAAGGGGAGAGUCGAGGGUUUGAGCUGUUUUAUGAUGAUGGGUCUGGUUCUGGUCUUAGGCCUCUGCCGCCGAGCAUGUCUGAGUUUCUUCUGGGAUCUGGGUUUGAUAGGCUUCUGGAGCAGCUUUCUCAGAUUGAGAUUAAUGGUAUUGGGAGGUAUGAGCAUCCUCCGGCGUCGAAAGCGGCUAUCGAUUCGCUACCGACGAUUGAGAUUGAUUCGGGUCAUUUGGCUAUGGAAUCUCAUUGUGCUGUUUGCAAGGAGGCUUUUGAGAUGGGAGCUUCGGUGAGGGAAAUGCCUUGUAAGCAUAUAUAUCAUCCUGAAUGUAUUUUGCCGUGGCUCGCGCUUCAUAAUUCUUGCCCUGUUUGUCGCCAUGAGUUGCCUGUUGAUGCUGCUCCGAGUCCACAACCGGCACCGGUAACAGGGCAAUCUGUUCCUGUGAGUGAGGAGGAGAAUGUGGGGUUGACGAUUUGGAGGUUGCCUGGUGGUGGUUUUGCUGUGGGGAGAUUUUCUGGUGGGAGGAGAGGGGCUGAGAGGGAGCUUCCUGUUGUAUACACUGAAAUGGAUGGUGGGUUUAACAAUGGGGGUGGUGAGCCGAGGAGGAUUUCUUGGUCUUCUAGAGGGAGUAGAGGGAGGGAGAGUGGAGGGUUUGGGUUUGGUUUGGGGAGGAUGUUUCGAAAUUUGUUUGGUUGCUUCAGAGGUGGUAGUGGUGGUGGUGGUGAUGGAGGAGUUGGAACAGCAACGCAGCGCUCUACUUCUACUAGAGAGUCUCGGUCAUUGAGGGCGAGUUCAUCUCGUUCUAGUACUAGGGAUCCUUCACCGCGAUCACGCAGGACUUGGUCUAUGGAUGUCAAUAGUGGAAUGAGAGCAUGGUAAUUUGGGGGAGAGGCUAAAAAUCUAAACUUUGUUUUUGGGAUUCCUCAUCUGAGGCGAGGGAAGUUCUGUUUAAGGGUCAUAUAUGUUGAUGAAUGAAUGUACAUAAUGGGAUUGAGGCCAGGAUGCUAUGCAAUUGUAAUGUUUUCUGCUGGACAUGUCUGUGGUAGAUCGAAGAUCGAUACAAUGUUGUCAUGUUGGAUGAGGAAUUGUCUCCGUAGAACUCAUCAUUCAUUCUCUAUUAGCAAUAACCAAUUGAGACUAAGAAGAAGCAAGCAGAAGCAAAGGCAGAAACCAAUAGAGGGGAAACCAAACAUACUGAUAUCCUGUAAUUUGUGGGGGAGGGGGGAACAUGGCGACCGGUAGUACCUUCAUUUUACUUUGAUAAUGAACUGAAGCAACUUCAUAUUGUUUUCUGUUUUUGGGUUUCCUCUUUCUAGUCAUUGAACAGACUUCAUUUAGCUUCAGUUUAUAUGUUCAUUCAAAUUCAGGUCAUUUUCUUUCUUUCCCUUUGAAAGAAAACACAAGUUCAAUUUUCGAAUGCAUGCUAUGCAUAAACCCUUGAAUUAAAUUGAUUGUUGCUGAUGACUUAUUUCAA